CGUGUCAGCGAGCUCUCCUCUGUCCCAGCCAAAACCUCAGAUCGGAAUUUUUUUUUGAAAAACCCUAAGUCGUGGAAGAUGAGAAUCGCCCGUUUCGCUAUUCGUUCCGUUAACGAUGUAACUCUCCUUCGAUCAUUUCGUCCCACCGUGUCUAGAAGCCUCUCGACCAACGCUAACGAAGAUCCAAGCAAGAAUCGAUCUUCUUUUGACUCGUCGGACAAUAUCGAUUCGAUGUUUGGCGAUUUCACUGGCAACGAUGAGAAAAGCAGUGGUUUCUUCCAGCAUCUCGGUAGAGCCGAGAGAGAUAAGCGCGGUUUCAGUGGCUACAAUAGAUCAGGCGGCUCGAGAUACUCAGCUGGUGGUUCUAUGAACAGAGACGAGACCUUUGACCCUUCAUCUGAUGGCGUUGAUGGGAAAUUGAAAGAAGCUGCACUGUUUUGCAAUAUGGACGAAGGCGAUGGCUUGAAGGAGUACUCGUUUAGGCCCGAUUUCAACACUAAGGGACUUAAUAACUUCGCUAGGAUGCAAAAACAGUUGCAAAAUCCUAGACUAAACAAUAACAAAUCUGAGGUAACUACAGAGGAAGUGCUGAAGAAUGCUGAUUUCAGGAAUGUUAGGUUCCUUGCAAAUUUUAUAACAGAAGCUGGGAUCAUUAUUAAGAGGAAGCAGACUGGCAUUAGCGCAAAGGCACAAAGGAAGAUUGCUAGAGAGAUCAAAACAGCCCGUGCAUUUGGGCUGAUGCCUUUCACUACAAUGGGUACCAAGGCAUUUCAAUUUGGGAAAACCAUGGAGAACAGAGACCAAGAUUUCGAGUAUGAAGUGCUUGAUGAUGAUGAUGAGUUUGACGAGGGAAAUGCUUGAAUCCAAAGGACUGGGUUUUCAUUUCCGGUGGUUUUGGUCAAUAUAUGGAAUAAUCCGUUUUUACCAAGUUGAGAAUACGUGAUUGGCCGGAAGCUGAUUUCAUGGUUAGUGUAAUACCUGCUCUUCAGUUCUCACAUUGCUCCAACUUCCAAUAUCACAUUUGAGUUCCUCCCCAUACUAAAGGAUUAGGAUGUGUAUCUUAUACCUCUAGUUUGUUACUUUUGAAGAUCUGAAUUAGACUGAUUAUUUAUCUCGUGUUGAAUAAAUCACACCAUGUAACUUGUAAGAUUACGGUUUCUUUAUUCUAUUAAUCAAGUCGUAAUCAA